ACUUGCUUUCUAGUCAUAUCGCCCUCAACAUCCAAGUCUUUGUUCAGAGUCCAAACUUCAACUCUCUCUCUCUCCGGCGGUCGGGGUCGCGUCGCGUCGCUGCUACCAAACUCCCUCUUUCUCUCUCUCUCAGCAGCUCUCAGCUCUCUCACAUGGCUAACAAGCACACCAUCAUUCUCAUGCAAACUUCUCAGAACAAGUCUACCCGAACUUUUAUGGAUUACGGUUCCAUUAGUCAAGCAAUGGAUGGUAUAUGUGGACUUUAUGAAAGGAAACUCAAGGAGUUAAAUCCAGCAAUUAGAAAUAUCUCUUAUGACAUCGCAGAUCUCUACAAUUUUAUUGAUGGCCUUGCUGACAUGAGUGCUUUAGUUUAUGACCACUCAAUUCAGGCUUAUUUGCCAUAUGACCGACAAUGGAUUAAGCAGCGGACACUCCGACAUCUACAGAAGCUGGCACAUUGAAAGCUAAGUCGGGUAAUGAUUGCUAGAAGAGUAUUUUAUAAAAGGAAUAGCUAUUCAAGUGUGUAAUUUGAGACAUCUGGGUUUUGCAGCUGGUCUGUGUUUAGUGUUUGUACUGUUUCCCUUUGUGGCUUGGUGCACAUAUCUUUAAAUUAGUCGUCACUUAAAAGCAGCUUUUGUUGCUGCCUAGUUUCUGUACUCUUUGUUUCAAUAUUCAAUUGCUUGUGUUCUCUAAUUUUGUACGUCAUUGUGUUUUAACAUGGGAAAUAGAUUAUUCCUGUUACAAUCAUAGUAUUGUUCCACACUUCCACCCUUAAGCCUGAUUGUGUCAAGCCUCUGGUUCCAACAACUUUUCUGUUUAUGAGCAACAACGUUGCUCACAUACUUGAUCCCUCCUCACACAAGUUAGGUUGCGAUAAUCGAGCCUGGUCAUAGCUAAAAGAAAAUACCAGCUUCUCUCCACUUUGUGCUCACAAAGAGGAGUUUGAAGCUUGUGAGGAGUUUGAAGCUUGUAAGGCCGAAUGCUUUAAUUCUCAAACUCUCAAAGACACACGACAACAUUUGGACAGAAAACAAGAACACGAUACGGGGCAAAUUAUAACACCAAUUUAAAUCCUUUUGGCCUACUAACAACAAUUAAUUGAAACACUCAAACUUUAG